CAUCAUCUCUCGUUGCUCUGCCUUGGCCUCGUCGGGCAGCUUGUGCAAAGUACCUCUGCGCCUCUACUGCUCACCUUGUGGUUGAGCCAAGCACUUGAUUUUGCAGUGCAUGCUCACGGUUAAGCCUGCCGCUAGUUUUCAGGCAGCUUGAACAAGCGUGCCCCCUUGCAUUUGAGCACCAAGCCCCAAGGCACCGCCAUCAUGGACCGUCUCUCUCGUCUUCGCCAAAUGGCGGCCGAAAAUCAGCCAGCCGAAGCCUCUGACGCAGCCGGUGGUGCUGAGGCACAGAUUGAAGAGACGAGCCUAUCUGCCCAGCCAGAGCCUUUCAUGGCCGACUUUUUUAACCGAGUGAAGCGGAUAAGGGAUAAUAUCGAAGAUAUUGAGCAGGCGAUUGAACAAGUGGCCCAAUUGCACACAGAGUCUUUAGUGGCUGUUAGCAAGGAGGACCGCGACCGCUUGAAUGAAAAAUUGCAAGACACCAUGGCACGCAUCAGCGCUCUGGGUAACAAGAUUCGGGCCGAUCUCAAGCAGAUUGAGAAGGAGAACAAGCGUGCACAGCAGGAGGGCACCUUUGAGGAUGGCACUGUGUCGACCGACUUGCGUAUCCGCCAAAGCCAGCACUCCUCCUUGAGUCGCAAGUUUGUCAAAGUCAUGACCCGCUAUAAUGAUGUACAAGCUGAAAACAAACGCCGCUACGGUGAAAACGUGGCCCGUCAAUGUCGAGUCGUGGAACCGUCGCUGAGCGACGACGCCAUCCAAAAGGUCAUUGAACAUGGCACCGAGGGCAUCUUCUCCGGCAUGCGGCUGGAGGGCGCUGAGGCAAAGCUGAAUGAGAUCCGUGAUCGCCACAAAGACAUUCAACAACUGGAGCGCUCGCUCUUGGAACUGCACGAGAUGUUUACCGACAUGUCCACAUUAGUGGCGAGCCAAGGCGAGAUGAUUGAUCGCAUCGAGUUCUCGGUGGAGCAGUCACACAAUUAUGUGAAGAAGGCCACGGAACAGGUCGUGCAAGCUCGCCAUUACCAAGAGUCGGCUCGUCACAAAAUGAUCUGCUGCAUCUCCAUCGUCGUUAUUGUCGUUGUCAUUGUCGUUGCCAUUGCCGUGUCAAGCUCAUAACAUGCUGACGCCAGUGUCGGUUCAAGUUUUUGAUGGUUCAUGUGCCGUGUAUCACUCUACUUUGCGUGUGGCCGCUUUGUCUCCACUUGCUUUGCCUUGCCACCUGAUGUGCUGGGCAUGUAAAUGCAGAGCAGCGCGGAGGCAACCCCUUGCGCGCGUCUAUUUCCAACGCUAAGCCUGUCUGGCUCGUGCUUGGAGCAAACUAUUCACAAUCGAGGCCUUGCCC